AUGUCCAGCUUGGAUGGUAUUGAAUUUCCUGAUGGCUCAAGGGUUCUGCUACUGUGGGCAGGCGACCAGAUGACUUCUCAUAUGCAAGAGCUGGUGUCUGCAGUUUCAGAGAAAGUCCGAGCAGGGGCUGGUGGCAGGCUGCAGCUGGAGCACAUUGACAGACUUGUUAUGUCUGCCCAUUCAAGUUCAAGUUUCGAUGUGGCCAUAUCUGGUCUGAUCAACUCCUUCCACACCCACCACAGCGUGGAAGUACUCGGUGAGCUGUGCCGAGUGCUGACCCCCAAAGGGAAACUUUACCUUCAGGAGUUAGCAGUUUCCUGCCAGGGAAAUGAAAAUGGAGUCCAGUCAAAAGAUAAACUUGUGUCCCUUCUGAAGCUUUCAGGAUUUGUAAAUAUAUCUGAGCCGUACGAGGUAUCUCUGAAUGACGACGAGAAGACAGAGCUUGGGAAACGGCCAGAUUCAAAUAGCGGUGCCACCUUGUACAGAAUUGUGGCAGAAAAACCUGGCUAUGAGGUUGGCUCGUCGUCGCAGAUCAAGUUGUCUUUUAAGCCAAAGUCAGUCUCUAAGGCCGACGAGAAUGUGGCUAAAGUAUGGAGCCUGCAGACCACAGACCUCUUGGACAAUGAUGUGGGUUUGGUCAACGAGGAUGACCUGUUGGAUGAGAACGACUUGAAGAAGCCAGACCCAGCAACAUUGAAAGUCGACUGUGGGGCUGGCCCUAAGAAGAAGAAGGCGUGCAAAAACUGCACCUGUGGUUUGGCUGAAGAGUUGAAGACAGAGAAAAUACAGGUGCCAGCAAAGACAUCAGCUUGUGGAAAUUGCUAUUUGGGUGAUGCCUUCCGAUGUGCCAGCUGCCCGUACCUGGGCAUGCCAGCGUUCAAGCCCGGAGAAAAGGUUGCCCUGUCAACAAAACAGCUAAAGGCCGAUGCAUAA